AUGCCGUCGCGCCCCCUCCCCGUGAACAGCGACGGGUACUGGGCAGUGAUCAGCAGCGGCAUCGUCUUCGGGACGUUUUUACUCGAGUCCUACAACAUGAGCUCAUUCGGCGGCUGGGACGUGCUGUACCGCGACGACAUCAACCCGAUGACAGGGCUGAUAUCUAUGCAAGACCUCACGGACAUCGAGGACGCGUACAACGCGCUGUUUUUCUUCGAGUUCUGUCUCCGCGCAUGGGCCGCGGAUUUCAAAAAAGAAUUUUGGCUGAACCCCGUCACUGCGGUGGACUUCCUCGCGACGGCGCCGCCCGCGCUCGCGCUCAUAGGGAUGAUGGAAUCCGCUUCGCCGGUGUACCGGUUCUUGCGUCUUCUAAGGGUGUUGCGCCUGCUCAGGUUGCUCGACCGCAACGCGGAUAGCGUUCUGUUCGGGCUCGUGAAGACGGAUUCCAUGGGUGUGCAGCUCAUCGGCAUCGGCGCAGAGGUACGCGAGCCGAUUGUUGAGACUGUUCCCCGUAUAACCUUCGUCUGCAUCUUCAUCAUUGCCGCGGGGGUCAUCUUCGACCUCGAGUACGCGGUCAACGAGAAUGUGAACACGCUGAACGACACGCUGUACUGGGCGAUUCUGACCCUGACUGGGAUCGGUCAGCCGUUCGAGGUAGUCACUGCGGGCGGACGCAUUGCGACGGUGUUGUCCAUUGCCGUUGCGCUCAUCGUCGUCCCGGGUCAGCUCGCGAAGCUCGCGACCGUCGCGGGGGCGCAGGACAUAAUGUCCGGGAUGUUCAUCACCGACGAAGGCUCCUCGGAGGACUCGUUUGACUCCAUGGACGAGGUCGGUAGACUACUCCCCAUUCGACCGCCCUGGAGUGUUGAACAUCGAUUCUGGAGGACUUUUCCCAACGUUUCUCUUUACCCGCGCUUCCCUCUCAUUUUUGACCAAUAA